GCAUCCCCCCCGAAAGUGAAAUGGCAGUAGACGUCGUGACAAAACACGCACCACAGGCAAACACGCCUGCGUUGGUCGAGCCACGGAUCGUCACUGCCCAAGACAUCGAAACGUCUGAAAAUAUACCCGAAGCGUUCCGUACAAUCGUAGUCGCUAGAACGGUAUGCAAUUGGUCAGCAAAGGACAAGUCCGCUGCAGUACAAGUUGCUAAUCCAUCCAAACGACACGUUCACAUUGCACGCGACACUAUUUUGGGGUACAUUUCGCCAGUAAAAUCGGUUGCCGAUAAAACAGUUAGCGCUGUCAAUAGCGACCAAACCACAUUCCGACACAAGCGAGACGAGUUGAAACGAGCCAUGAAAAAAGCGUUCACGAACACUACAUUUACUCCUCAACAAUGCUCGCAAGUCUUGGAUUUAUGCGCGAAAUACCGUAAUGUGUUUUCAUUAUCUCCGAAGGAGCUCGGAAAAUGCAGGAUAGCCAAGGCAGAUUUUCCGCUAGAACCAGGCACUAAACCAGUCGAUCGUGCUCCCUAUCGUACUAACCCUAGAGCGCAAGAAGUCAUCGACAAGUGUGUGGAACAAAUGGAAGACGAGGAGAUUAUUGAACAGAGACCCAGUUCAUGGGGAUCUGCUGUUACCAUCGUAGCAAAAGCUGAUGGCACUCCUCGAUUCUGCGUUGACUAUCGCUCUACUAUUAACAAGAGUCUAAUUCGAAAAUCUUGGCCCAUGCCAGAUAUAGAAUCCCAUAUUGAUACCGUUGGAGGUGCAAAAUUUAUUACUGUCUGCGAUAUUCAGUCAGCCUACCACCAAAUUGAAGUAGACGAAGCAGAGCAAGAAAAGACCGCUUUUGUGACACACAAAGGGAAAUGGGUUUUCAAACGCCUCCCCUUCGGAAUUGCGAAUGCUCCUUUUCUGUUUGCCCGUAUGAUGUCUCUGGCAUUCUCUCACUUCGGACCACGCAGUGGACUUUUGGUGUAUAUGGACGACAUUAUUUGCUGCAGCUCAAAUUGGGAGAGGCAUCUAACAUUAUUAGAAAGCAUGCUCCAAGCACUCCAAGCAGCCGGUCUUACCUUGAAACCCUCCAAAGUACAAUUUGGACCACAGGAAGUAAAAUACCUGGGGCACAUACUGUCUGCAAAAGGGAUUCGCAUUGGGGAAGAUCGUAUACAAUCUAUUAUCGACUUGCCUGUACCCAAAACAAUCAAAGCACUUCGCUCAGUAUUGGGAAUGGUUAACUAUGUGAGGAAAUUUAUACCCGACCUUUCUACGGUCAUCGCACCGCUAGUCGGACUCACACAAAAAGAGCAUGUAAAAUCAAUCGCAAAACGUUGGAACCAGGAACAUGAUAAGGCUUUUGCAGAUAUCAAACAUUUACUCAGCAAAGCACCUGUUUUAUGUUUCCCUGACUUCACCAAAGAUUUUGUGGUUCACGUGGAUGCCAGUGAAGUUGGUGCAGGAGCAUUCCUAGGCCAAAAGAACGGCGACGAUGUGAAUAUUAUCGCUUAUUUUAGCCAACGAUUUAACAAAGCUCAACGUCACUACUCUGCGACGAUGAAGGAAUGUUACGGUGUGGUCUUGAGUUUACAACACUGGCGACCCUACUUGUGGGGCAGACAUUUCGAAGUUGUCACGGAUCACGCGGCAUUGAGAUAUUUGUACACUAUGCAAGACACGUCUAAUAUGCUGACCAGAUGGGCAAUCGCUUUGCAGUCCUUUGACUUUACAGUGCGACACAAGCCGGGAAAGUUACAUGUAGUCCCAGACACCCUAUCGCGGUUGUUUGCGUUCGAUCACCAACAACAGUUGGAAGCACCGCAACUUGCACCGAUAUGUAGGAAUGUGCCUGAUGACCCUGCGUUGCACUCGAAUGUUCCAUCACGUCCGUACCAAGUGUCUGCACAUCGAUUGGAUAACUUGCGAUCGGUUCAAAGUGAUCGCGAAUUAUUCGCUGGGGAAUCAGUUUAUAUCAGCGCGACCAACGUAUUUGAAACUGUUAACCACGAUAUCUUCCGUGAAAAACAAGCUCUUGAAUAUGGCACAUAUGUCGACUAUCUUACAAAAACUGACGCCCAAUUACCUGAUAACGAGACAACCACUUCCAUGUCGUACUACUUCGUGCGUGAUGGAUUGCUGUUUAAAUCGUAUUUACCAGGCUACCUCCGGAAACGUAUUAUAUAGUACGUUUAGUGACCAAUAAGUGUUGCCUCAGGCCCUUACUGGACUAGUGCUGCACGCCUAUCACGACCACGUAUUA